UGUUCUCUCUUGCGAAAAGCACACAAAAGCGAGAGAGAGAGCGAGAGAGAACGAGAGCGAGCGAGAGCGAGAGCGAGAGAGAGAGAGAGAGAGAUGGAUAACACGGAAGGCUCGGUGCAAAACGUUGGCAAUUUCUUCAGGAGGAACAGGAGUAGUGUUCGCACAGCGAUGAUGUGGACUUUUGGAGCUGGGGGUUUGCUGUGGCUGCUCUACACGGUGGAGCCAUUCAAGUCCAAAAUGGAGCCGUACAACUACCGUGGCUCUGGAGUUCCCACUGUCCCGAAAACCGGUAGCGAGGCCGGGUCGACGGUGGCCCAUCCAAAGUCUUGAUGUAAAGGCGCUUUAAAAUGGAGCUCUAGAUAGAUGAUUAGCAGACCUCUUCUUCUUCUUCCUCGGUCUAGGUCUAGCGAUCGCCACGAUUCUUUCUUCUUGCUUGCGCGGCGAUGCUGCCAUUACGCGUCGCGGCUGCGUCGCUGCACGGACUUGGCGCAGGUGGAGGAGCUCCAGGCGGAGCUCCUCCGCCUGGAUGGCAGCGAUCGCGGCACUUUCGUCGGGAAUCACCUCGUCCAGAUGUUUGGCAAGCUGGGGCGCCUCGAUCAGGCGUGGCAGGCGUUCGCCAGGAUCCGGCAGCCCAAUGUCUUCUCCUGGAACGCGAUUCUUGCCGCGGCUGUGCGGCACGGGGAUCUUCAGCGCGCGCGGGGUGUUUUUGACAGGAUGCCGGAGAGAGAUGUAGUCUCCUGGACCGCUCUCAUCGCCGGAUCCUCGCAGAGCGGUGAUCCGGAGCUUGCUGUAGAGAUGUUCUCGAGAAUGCAGGCCCAGGGCGUCGUCCCCGAUCGCGCGGCCUUUCUCAGCGCACUGGACGCGAUCUCUCUCGCGCAGGCGCUCGAGUCUGGGAUCUCGGUUCACGGAUCCAUUGCUCGCCUGGGGCUGGAAUCGGAUGCCUUGAUUGGGAGCGCGCUUAUAAACAUGUAUGGGAAGUGCCAGGACGUGGCCCAUGCAAAGGUGGUAUUCGAUUCGAUGGAGCGGCGCAACGUUGUGGCCUGGACAGCGAUCGUCGCAGCAAAUGCCCAGAAUGGGCGUGUUCUUGACGCCAAGUUCUUGUUCGAGAAGAUGCCGCAGCAAGACAUCGUCUCUUGGAACUCCAUGAUCUCGGGCAUGGGGAAGAACCAGUAUAACCGGGAAGCUCUCGAUCUCUUCAACGCCAUGGAAGCCAUAGCCAUGCUGCCGGAGAAGAGCACGCUCGUGAGCGCCAUCGACGCCUGUGCGAAUCUACCAUCUCUAGCCGAGGGCCGACGAAUCCACUCCAGGAUAGACGAGACGACGUUGGAAUCCGAUAGGGAGAUCCAGAACGCGCUCGUCAACAUGUACGGGAGGUGUGGCGACUUGGAAACGGCGAGAGCGCUGUUCGAUCGAAUGCGAGACAAGAAUGUGAUUUCGUGGACUUCGGUGAUCGCGGCGUAUGCCCACCACGGGCAUAGCCGCGCAGCGCUUGAGCUGUUCUACGAGAUGGCCUGCGAGGGGCAAGCCCCCAACGAGAUCACGCUCGCCACCCUCCUCUACGCUUGCAACUACACGGGACGGAUCAACGAUGGUGUCUACUACUUCAUGUUCCUCCACCUCGAGUUUGGGAUCCCAGCGACGCGGGAGCACUUCGUGUGGCUGAUUGACGUGCUUGGGCGAUGCGGGCAGCUCGAGAAAGCCGAGGAGCUGCUCAGGAGCAUGCCGUUUGAGCCGCAGCCGCUCGCCUGGCGGAUGCUCCUGGGAGCUUGUCAAUCCCACAAGGAUGUCGAGAGAGGUGAGCGGCUGGCUCGCCAUCUAUUUGCCACAAACUCUGUCCGCUCGUCACCGUACGUGGUGCUCUCCAACAUUUUCCUCUCGAGCUCAGCGUCAUAGGAGACGGCCAAACUCUGGCGUCUUUCAGGAGCUCAAACGAACCAAACAUCCUUUUUGGUGGUGGUAGAAGUUCUUACAACAUGUUUACAGGAACGAGUCAUCAACGAGAGAGCUUACACCUUUGGGAUCCUUCCCUUGCUGCCAUUCCUUGUCAGCAGCAGACCGCUGCGGAGAUUCCAUCCGCCUCCAGUCCCGCAGUAUUCCGCUCCUCGACCGAUUGAACGUCCUCGUGAGUCAAUCUGCAUCUUGGCGGCAGGAACGUUAAGCAUACAGUUGGCAACAGCAUCGAAUCCGGAACUCCCAGCACGUCCUUCACCGUAGUGGCCCUGUAGCUUUCUUGACUGUGCUAGUGAUCGGCUUGUCUCCAAUGUUUUUCGCGGUAACCUACAAUGCCUGGGCAGUACAUGAGAAACCCGGCUAGAACGAAAGCCAAGAACUUCGAAGAGCGACGACGUCCACUCGCCCGACUUGGAGUGUGACAAGCACAAGAGUCUUACUCAGUAUAUAUUCUAGGCGAGAGUUUGAAUUGCAUUUGAACCCAUGACUCCAAAGGACUUUUACCUCAUGCACUGGUUUCUGGCGGAGCAAGCAGUCACGAGCACAUCCGCAACUUAGCCAUGUUGCGGCACAAGGAUUCCGAGAAUACUCCUUGGAAAGCAUCUCACUAAUCAUCCAGACCUGGAAGAUCGUCUUCGCAAUGAAAAGCUCUUGUGGGUGACGGUAGGAUGAUCCCGUUGAUCGGCUCGGUCUCCACUCUAGCAGCAUCUUCGGCAGUGGUGCGCCACUCCAGGAGGUCUCCCCGCGCGUUAACGUCUGGCUCGGCCACUUCGGGCUGGUCUCCUCGCGACUGCUGCGCGGCCACGCUCGUUACAGCCCUCCUCGGCAAUGAAGAAUACAGCGAUAGAUUUUUGCUGGCCCCUGGAAGGAAAGGACGCACAUUGUCUGGGAUGAGAUCGGGCGAUUAGCCAAGAGGGUGAAACCUGGAUGCAAAGGAAGCCAGUCGAUGGGAGAAGCUGAUCGCCAUCAUAUUUUGAUUCUUCUUCGGUGUAGAGACGAAAUGGAAUGUAGCACCUAAGGGUGAAACGUGGAAGGGUAAGAUUUUUUCACGUGUGCUUAUGAUUUUCUAGCGUGAGAUGAUGGAAUCCGAGAGGGCUAUAGAGCAUUGUUUGAUCGAAUGUAAAAAGCCAUCACAACUAUGUCCAGAUAUGGAAGCGAGUUUUUGCCGGUGCUCCUCUCGUCGCUCUUCAUGGCGAUCAAAAAGUUUCCCUGGGCUGGUAAGUUCUUACACAGCAAAACUUUGUGAUCUAAAGUUCUUACAACAUAUUUACAAGAACAAGUCAUCAACGAGUGAGCUUACACGUUUGGGA